GGUACUAUAAUAUAUUCAGAAUUUUCAACUUUUAAACUUGAUUUUUACAAAUAAUACAAUUCAAUAAAAUUUCAACAAUAAUUCAUUAUACAUAUAUUUAACAAAAAUAUAACAUUGUUUUUUGGCUACAUAAAUUUUUACACUAUUUUAUUUAAAUUGUAAAAUAAAUAAGUAGAAUUAAUUGCAUAUAUACAAAAAUGGACUUGCCAGACACAUUCUGUGAAGACUUUCAUGAUAAAGCUUUAUGCUCUGAAAUGGAAUAUAGGUCAUUUGGUAAAACUGGCCUUAAAGUUUCAAAAUUAUCAAUUGGUGGUGGUGUAUUUGGCUGUUAUGGAAGUUAUGAUGAAAAUGAUGCAAUCGAAACAAUACAUGAGGCUUUAAAAUCGGGUAUUAAUUAUAUUGAUACUGCACCUUAUUAUGGAAAUCGAGAAUCAGAAAAAUUUUAUGGUAAAGCACUCAAAAAUGUUCCACGUAAAGCUUAUUACAUAGCUACAAAAGUUGGGCGUUAUGAGCCAGAUUAUAAAAAAAUGUUUGAUUUUUCUGCAAAGAGAACACGAGAAAGUGUUGAACUUAGUUUAAAAUGUUUGAAUUUGGAUUAUGUAGAUGUUAUACAGAUUCACGACAUUGAAUUUGCUGAAAAUUUGGAUAUUAUUUUAAAUGAAUGUUUACCUGAGUUGGAGAAAGUUGUUAAAGAAGGUAAAGCCAGGUUUGUUGGAGUGACAGGUUAUCCUUUGAAAACAUUAAAAGAAAUAAUUUUAGCAGCACCAGGAAAAUUCGAUAUGGUGUUAAGUUAUUCGCGAUACACACUUUUCGAUGAUUCAUUUAAAGAAUAUUUGCAAUUCUUUAUUGACCAAAAGUUAGGGAUUGUUUGUGCUUCAGGUCAUGGUUUGGGGCUGUUAACCAAUUCAGGGCCACAGGAUUGGCAUCCAGCUUCAGAAGAUAUUAAAGAAAAAUGUCGAAAAGCGGCUGGAUUGUGUAAGGAUAGUAAUGUUGAAUUGGGAAAAUUGGCAGCAUAUUAUUUUACAAAUUUAGAAGGGCCAUCAACAUUCUUAUCAGGAAUGCAAAGUAAGGAAUUAUUGCGAAUGAACUUGAAGUCUUUGAAAAAUGGUUUAGACAAAAAAGAAAAAGAAAUUUUACGGCAGUUACAAGAAACUAUAUUUACAAAGUCAGUGAACUGGGAAGGUAACGAAGUGGAUCGAUAUUGGAAUGAAAUGAAAAAAGUGAAGAAAUCAAACUAAGAAUACAAGCAAUUUGAAUACGCGGGUUCUUAUGUUUUUGGAAAAACUGUAUAUCCCGUAAUUGAUAAUUAAAUCAAUCUUUAGGUUUAAGAUUUAAUUGUUUUACAUGCAAUAAGUGCAUACAUAUGUGUUAUAAUGAAAAUUGUGUAAUAAUUUCCAAUGCUUUUUAUAUUUAUAAAGUUUUAGUUUAAAUAAGUUGAAACAAUAAAAUGUGAAGUUUUGUUUUAA